CUCGACUGGUUUCCCCUUAUCUCACCUCCUCCUCACUCAAAGCAAAGUGGAAGAUGACCGCAUACACAGGAGGCGCGCCAGUCACAGAGUAUGCCUCCAUCGAUAACGACCAGACCUAUGCAGUUGGCUUCAGCAAGAUUGAACCUUUCUUUCCACCUGAAGCUCUAAAUGACCACCUCGUACUCCUCGCAGCCUUCCGUGAUCUCAAGUCACGAUGGAGGAGCACCCGCCAUCACGGGGGUGGAGGCUCGGCAGUAGCCCCGCCGCCAUACGUCAAUGGCUCUAGCAGACCUGCGGAUCCGAUUGCAGCAGCCCCUGGGUAUGAGGAAGCGGCUCAAAAGACGAGCUCUGCCGAUGAAGACAGCGCCUGGACGGCAUUCUUGACAAGAGCCCUGGUGCGAUUCGAGCUGUACAUCUCCAACGUGCUUCCACCUCCGUCCAUUAGGAUGGGCGUGCUCAGCCUUGCUCGAGCACCGUAUUCAGCGGACGAGAAUGACCCGAUCGCCCAAGCCGAGCCUAUGCCUACACAUCUCCUUCCUCCCCUGGACGUCGCAAUGAUCUGGCAUACCUAUUUGCUAAAUCCAGCUCGCUUCCGAGAAGACACAGUACGACUCACUUCACGGCAAGCUCUUGCUCACUGGGCUUUUCCCCUCAGUCAGCUCGCCGCUUGUCUCAGACCGACCUAUAAAGAAAAUGGAAACGGCCAGACAGGCAGACUGGACAGCUCAGCAGCCGCACAGAGCUGGAACGACAGAACCGGGUCUGCAUUUGACCCACUUCCCGUCCCAGGUGCAAACAGCGACAUGCUAGGAAUCUCCGAUGAAGGCACACACGUGCAAUGUCCCCGGGCGGGCUGUGCUAGGGCAACCUACGUCUCUUACGCAACGCUCGGCCAGUCCCCUGUAGGAGAUGGCCCCGCUUGGUCUGCAAAGUGCGAGACAUGCGGUCAAGUCAUUACACCUGGGACCUUGUGUGGUCGAAGAUUCCUGACGGACCUGGACACCUGGGCGAGCGGGGCAAACGAUCGGACAGGCUGGCGUCUGCGUGGCGGUAUCCUCUCUCCGCGAGACAACGGCUCCUUCUACUUCAAGGACCCAUACGGCCCACCUCUGCACCGACUCAUUGCAUACCAACGCACCCUCACCGCUGGUGAGAUUGGUCGCUUUGGGGCGCCUUGCGUUGAAGAAGGCGAGGAUCGUUACGGAAAGCUUGUGCUCGGGACGCAGCUGGCAGAAGAAGUCUUUGCUGAUGCAGGAUGCGAUGUGAAUACCAUGGCAAUGACGUUCGAGGACAAGGUCGUCGCCUCUGCACAUCAGUACGAGAAGGAAAAAGAUGACAUCAUGAUCAAAGGGGGCAACAAAGAAGACCUUGCUGCUCGUACAGCUCUGCUCUUCUCGUACUACCUGCCCUCUGGAUCUAAUCCUGUCAGUCCUGCAUCUCUUGACCUGGUGGCAGCCACCCACAGACAGGAGCGGAUGAUUGUAUCUCUGGACAACCUUUCAUGGGUGCCCCCUUCCAACCUUGCAACGACCCUGGAUACGACGCUCCUCUCCGCCGCAACGAGACGCUACCACAUGUACAUGCACCUGUGCUUUGCCCAUUCUCGACUGGUCUUUGCGCCAACGCUGGACAUCGAUUUUGCAUGGCACACACAUCUUUUGAUGCCCCGCUACUACGAGGACUGCUAUCAGCACCUCGGCAAGUUCGUCGACCAUGCAGACAAGGUGGAAAAGGCCGAGUUGGGCAGGGCUUUUGAGCGCACCGCAGAGGAGUGGAAGAAGAGGUACAGUCGACCUUACUCGCAGUGUGGCUGCACAUCAAAGGGUACGGGCAUUGCGGGCAAGCGCAAAGAGCUCAUGGGAGGUCUCAAGGCCCGACUCAAGGGCAAGGGAAAGAGUGCCGCGGUCGCCCCAGUAGAGGUAGUGAACGAUCGUGCCGAUCAUCCCAGCGACCACAAUGCCAUUGCCGUCCUCAAUCCCGCCACCAAGCAGGAGAUCACCGAUGCACCCGGCGAUGAUGAAGGAGGACACCGAAGCGCUUUUGGACGCUACAAUUCCUCGGAGCUCACCUCGCCUUUCCUCACAUCCACCCUCUCAAAUCCAAGUAUCCCGGGGCACGACUUUCCCAAGCGACAUCAAGUAACAGGCGCUCUCGGACUCAUGCCAGGCGAUAAGUUGCGCAAGAGCGAUGAUGGGACCAGGCUGAUCCGGUCGGAUCGGACUAACAACGGCUCUACUGACGUUUAGGGGAUGGCUGCAGGGAUGGGGGCACCCAUGGCGAUGUACAUGGGAGCCGCGGGUGGUGCCUGAGGUGGCAGUGCCGGUUGCCAGCCGAAGCAAAUCAGAUCAAAUCAGACCAGACCAGAACAAAGCAAACCGAAGCUGACGCACAAUUCUUGACGCCUGCUCAUUGUAAAUUGACUUCGCUUCGAUUCGAAUAUUGUACAUAGUUUCGCUCGGACAGAAGAAUACCAGAAGGGCUCAGGGGCAGGAGAAGAGACAGAGUAAGGACGAAGACUUUGAAUACAGGAGGAAGGAAUUGCAAAGGGAUCAGGGGUCAGGACAAUCGAAAAGAAGAGGGAAUGUUCUAUCAUGUCGCGCGUAAUCAGUAUAAUGCGUGUGUAGGGAACGUCCUUGUGCACAGCAUGCGUGCGUGCGGCCAAUGAGUGUCGAGUGUGAAAUAACGAGUAUCGAGUAUCGAGUGUGAAGUAUCGAGUG